CGCGGCUGGGGAGAGGGGUUGGCGCAUGCGCAGUGGUGGUAGCCUGAUCUCUGAGGCGGGGAGGCGGCGCGGGGGUUGAUCUCCCCCAUUUAACGGAGCGGGGACCGAGCCCGGCGCUUUUGCGUGCCCGUGCUGGAGAAGCAAAGCGCCCGGCGGGAUUCCUGGGGCGAGUCGCCGCCUCCUCUAGUCCGUGAAGCCCUCUCCACCCCGCCUAUCCCCGCCCGGGACUACUGCGGCCGGUGCACGCAAAAUGGCGGAGGGGGAGCUGAAUGUGGAUAGCCUCAUCACCCGGCUGCUGGAAGAGACAAUGCCUGAGUGAUUUGGUACCAGAUGACCUCAGAUUACAUCUAUCCAUGCUUGUAUUGCCUCACUUGGUCUCACACUAAAGUUUUUCUCAACUGUAAAUCCAUGGAGGCUGCUGGCAGCAUAUUCUUCAUGAAAAACCCUGUGGUUCUGAAGUCUGUUUUUUUCCCUUUCCAGUCUUCAAGAACCCCAGACCUUGUAAAACUUAUAGGCAUUGGUCUGCUGGGCAGUGCGAGGAUGUCGUCCUGGCAAGAUCGUGCAGAUGACAGAAGCAGAAGUUCGGGGCUUGUGCAUAAAAUCACGAGAAAUCUUUCUUAGCCAGCCUAUUCUCCUGGAACUGGAGGCACCCCUGAAAAUUUGUGGUGACAUUCAUGGGCAAUAUACAGAUUUACUUCGAUUGUUUGAGUAUGGAGGAUUCCCACCAGAAGCCAACUAUCUUUUCCUGGGAGAUUACGUAGACAGAGGCAAGCAGUCUCUGGAAACCAUCUGCUUAUUACUGGCGUACAAAAUCAAGUAUCCAGAAAACUUUUUUCUCCUAAGAGGAAACCAUGAGUGUGCUAGCAUUAAUCGUAUCUAUGGAUUCUAUGAUGAAUGCAAACGGCGAUUUAAUAUUAAACUUUGGAAGACAUUCACAGACUGCUUUAACUGUCUGCCUAUUGCAGCCAUUGUGGAUGAGAAGAUCUUUUGCUGUCAUGGAGGAUUGUCACCAGAUCUCCAAUCAAUGGAGCAGAUUCGGAGAAUUAUGAGACCCACAGAUGUUCCUGAUACAGGCUUGCUGUGUGACUUGCUGUGGUCGGAUCCGGACAAAGAUGUGCAAGGAUGGGGCGAAAAUGAUCGUGGGGUCUCGUUCACUUUUGGUGCUGAUGUGGUCAGUAAAUUUCUCAACCGUCAUGAUCUGGAUUUGAUCUGUCGAGCUCAUCAGGUGGUUGAAGAUGGAUAUGAAUUCUUUGCUAAACGACAGUUGGUCACCCUAUUUUCAGCUCCAAAUUACUGUGGAGAGUUUGAUAAUGCUGGAGGCAUGAUGAGUGUUGAUGAAACUUUGAUGUGUUCCUUUCAGAUAUUGAAACCAUCUGAAAAGAAAGCUAAGUACCAGUAUGGUGGAUUGAAUUCUGGACGUCCAGUCACUCCACCUCGUACAGCUAAUCCACCGAAGAAGAGGUGAAGAAAGGAACAAUGUCAAAACACCAUCAGAUCUAUCAAGGACAAAACUCCAUAUUACAGUAUAUAAUAAGUGUGCACUGUAAAACCAUCCAGCCAUUUGACACCCUUUAUGAUGUCACACGUUUAACUUAGAGACGGGUAAAGGAUCUUUACUAAUUUUUCUAGUAGAAAGAUGUGCGACACUGUAUUGUAACAAGUAUAGCUCCAAGUUCUAAUAUCCAACGUAGAGUAAAAUCCAGAUUUAAAAAAUAUCUAUUGAAUUACAUAUUCACUUAUCACGGUUUUUAAAGUUGACCAACAUCCCAGUUAAAACUUGAUGUAAUAGUUAAACCAGAUGAGAGCAUGAUGUUCCAUUUGUGUAAUGUGGUCUUAUUGUUGCUUGAUUGCUUUUACUUCGGUUAUUUUGUAGCUAGAAUGAUGCAAGUAUGGUAUCUAGUCAUGUUCCCUGGCUUUUUUUAACAAAAUACGGAAGGGGCUUUUUAGGACAGCCACUGAUUUUUUUUUUUUCUUCCCCCCAUUCUUUCUAAUCUUGCUAUUUAAAUGUGUGCCCCAUUGAAACAAAAAGGUGAUAGGAUGGUAGUGAAUAAAAAAGGCAAACUGUCUAAACUAGUGACCCAAUAAAGCGCCCUGACUGCACACCCUGACAAUCAGCAUUGUUUGAGGGACAGAAAACUGUCUUGAUUUUUAACUUAAAUUGCCACAGAAUGGAUUUGCGCACUACACUGUUUUAAAUUAUUGACAUUACACUGUGCAGUGGCACUUCACUUAGGACUAAAAUGGUAUUGCCUAUUAGUUGGUAACGUGAUUAUGUGGUACCUUGGCUUUAGGUUUUAUUAGCACAAAAUAUCUUUGGCAUGCUUAGCUUCCCAGUAACAUACUAUUUGCAUCAAAAUGCAUCUUGCAUAGCUCCACAAAACAUGAAGAUCCUUAUUUGAUAAGCCUUGGAAAGCUGAAGUUUUUUCGUAAGAGGGUGUAUUUAAAUGGGUGUUAACUUACUGUUCACUGAUCAACUGACUAGUGAUGGUUGAACUGUCUAAUAUUGCCAUGUGAAUGUUCUACAUGAUUGUAAGGCUUAUGUCACUAAAGAUUAUAUCCUGGAUUUUCAUGAUCAAAGUUCAUAUAAUGUAUAGACUUUUGCUUUGUAGUGUACUAUAGUAGCAAUAAUUUCUGUACAUGAUCAAGAGUUGUGCAGUAUUUCUUUUCUUCUCUCCUUUCUUAAAAAGGUUCAUAUUGACAAAUGGCAAGGUGUAGGGAAGUUAUAAAGUUAGUAGUAGGGUAAAAAUUGUAAGACACAGAUUUGAUGUUAGGAUGUAACUCUAUUGGAUAUGAUUAUAAAAGUUUUUAUUGAACAUGGCAAAUUUGCCAAGAUUCUUUGGGGGAAAGCGUCAGAUUUAUACCAUUCUAAAUGUGCAACAGUAGAUGUAAAACUCUUGACUUUAAUAUUGUCUUUGAAAAUGUUAAAUUGAGGAUUCUGGCAACUUGCAUUCUAUGAACUGGCACAGUAUAUAAUGCAAAAUGAUUUCUGACACAGUGGGAAAAGUUCUUUAAAAUGGAUUUAAGUCUUUUUUCUAAUUCCAUUUUGUUUUAAAUGCAUAUUUUAAAUGUAGUUUUUCAUUUAGUAAAAGUUGUCUAAUUGA